CCCCAAAAGGAAAAGGAAAAAAAAACGAGAGGAAAGAAAACGAAAAAAAAAGAAAAUCCGAACCCUCUCCUCCCAAAGUCGCAGCAGCGGCAGCGGCAAUCCACGUGAUCGAAUCGAAUCACCCGCCCGACAUGGCGUCCCCGUCGAAUCUCUCGUAGAGCCGAAGCCUCCGCCCUCGCGUCGAUUAGGAGCGGCGAUUCGCCCCGCCCUCGGGUAAGCUGCUGAGAUCGCGCUCGUGCUCUCGAUCUGAUGCAACCUGCUCAUCUAGGGUUUCGAUUCGCGUGGUGUCCUUGUGGUUAGCGACGGUUUGGAGGAAUUGUUGCGGGUUUUGUGCGUGUUCUAGGUGAUCCGGUGGUGGUGUGAGGUUUUCUGGUUGAAUUUUGGUGGGGAUUUGCGGCGGCUGCGGAGAUGAUCCGGCUGCAGACGUACGCGGCGUUCAGCCUGUUGGCGACGGCGACGGCGGCGUACUACGCUUUUAGCAGCCGAGAGCAGUUCUACCCGGCCAUGGUCUACCUCUCCACCUCCAAGAUCUGCUUCGUGCUGCUCCUCAACACGGGCCUCGUCGCCAUGUGCGUCGCCUGGCAGCUCGUCAAGCGCCUCUUCCUGGGCUCGCUCCGGGAGGCCGAGGUCGAGCGCCUCAACGAGCAGUCCUGGAGGGAGGUCGUCGAGAUCCUCUUCGCCGUCACCAUCUUUCGGCAGGACUUCUCCGUCGCCUUCCUCGCCAUGGUUGCCGCGCUGCUCCUGGUCAAGGCGCUCCACUGGCUCGCGCGGAAGAGGGUCGAGUACAUCGAGACGACGCCGUCUGUGCCCAUGCUCUCGCACCUCAGGAUCGUGUCAUUCAUGGCGUUUCUGCUCAUCGUCGACUGCCUCUUCCUCUCCAACUCGCUGAGGUCUCUCAUACAGAAGCGGGAGGCGUCUGUUGCAAUCUUCUUCUCCUUUGAGUAUAUGAUUCUAGCAACAUCAACAGUAUCAACAUUUGUGAAGUAUAUAUUCUAUGUCAGUGACAUGCUUAUGGAAGGUCAAUGGGAGAGAAAGGCAGUGUAUACAUUUUAUUUGGAGCUCAUCAGUGACCUUGUGCACUUGUCUUUAUAUAUGCUAUUCUUCAUAGCUAUCUUCCUGAACUAUGGUGUCCCACUGCACUUGAUUCGUGAGCUGUAUGAGACCUUCCGCAACUUCAGAAUUCGCAUUGCAGAUUAUGUACGCUACAGAAAGAUUACUUCCAACAUGAAUGAACGUUUUCCAGAUGCUACAUCAGAUGAGAUCAAUGCGAGUGAUGCUACAUGUAUUAUUUGCCGUGAGGAGAUGACUACAGCAAAGAAACUGCUCUGUGGGCACCUGUUCCAUGUGCAUUGUUUAAGGUCAUGGCUAGAGCGCCAACACACUUGCCCCACGUGUAGAGCUCCAAUCAUCCCCCCAGAUAAUGGACGUGCUGCAUCAGCACGACAGCAUGGAGCUCAACCUGGAGUUCAGCCCGCUGCAGGCACUGGCACUCCAGCCUCAGAAGGAGCACCAGGUGAGAUCAUGAGCAGGCGCCAAGCAAAACUUGAAGCGGCUGCAUCAGCUGCUUCCUUGUAUGGAAGAUCUUUUGCUUAUCCUCCGGUGAACACCUUGAAUAGGUAUUCAGCUCCUCCCCAGUCUACAUCAAGUACUCCAGAAUCAGGAGAAGCAAGUAGUUCCAAUCAACCGCAGAAUGACCAAGCAUUGCAGUUCCAAAACACCAGCGAUCCUCUAGCACCUCUGCCUUUUAAUGUAGAUGGUGCUGUUGGUCCAGGAACAAGCACCAGGGAUCUUGAAAAAUCACUGCAAAGGGCACAGGAAAACUUUAUACGGAGCCAGAUAGAGGUGUUGCAAAUCCAACUGCAAAUGGUGCAGCAUGGUGCUGCUGCGUCGGCAACUAAUAAUGAAAAUACUGAGCAUACAAAAAAUGACUGAAGUUGUAAAUAGGCGAAGAUGAGGAUGGGAUAAACAAAACAUAGAUAUGCAGAUCUGGCGAAACCUGAGGGGAAACUCUUACAUGAUACCUUGCCUUGAUUUUGGUAGGCUUGUUCAUUUGUACGUCCCUGUUAGUGGCCUCCUACCGUUAUCAGAUAGAGGCUGAAUCUUUGUCAAGUACCUUUGAUAGAGGCUGUUGUGUUGUAGCGAUAUCUAGUUUCACUGUAACUGAGAUUAAACAAAAUCCAUCUGCUGAGAAGAAAAGAACGGAAUUUUCCCCAGUGCACUAUCGGAAAAACAUGUGUUGGUUGUAUGCUGCUGGAAUCGAAUGGAAGAAUGACGUUUGUCGUGUGAA